UAGGGAGUGAUUAAGGUUCCCUAAUUGUGCAAUUAAAGUGAUAAUACUGUUACCCGCAUGCCACUUUCCACAUUUAUUUACCUCGAGUAAUGAAAAUUCCUUUUUCUUUUCAUAAAGAUUUUUUGUUUUUGAUUUUCUUUUUUCUUUUUUAAACCACACACAUACAAUUUGUGUAGACGAAGAGCUGUCAUUUUCUUCUUCCUUGUUAUACCUUUCACUUACCAUCCGUUCAUUUUUUAUUUUUUCUUUUAUUUUUCAUGUACAAAUUUCUCCUUCAUCUCUACUCAUCUCCAUCGCUUAUUUCUCUUCCUUUUAAUGUACAAGAUUUUUGGCGUUGUGAAAACAGAGAUAUGAAGAGGCUAGGGUUUUUGCUUUUGCUCGUUGUAUUGAGCAAUGCCGCUGAGUAUGAUGGGGAAUGCAAGUCGGAUUGGCCGCUGGUCCCAAGGCCUCACAGUGUAUCCGUCUUAGAAUUUGGGGCAGUCGGAGAUGGGAUCACAAGCAACACUGUGGCAUUUCAGAAUGCUAUUUUCUAUUUAAAGUCCUUUGCCGAUAAGGGCGGUGCCCAACUCUUUGUUCCAGCAGGAAAGUGGCUCAUUGGCUGCAUCAAUCUCACGAGCCAUCUCACACUUUUUCUGGAGAAAGAUGCGGUUAUUCUUGGCUCUCAGGAUUAUAGUCACUGGGAUGUGGUCGAGCCCUUACCUUCGUAUGGACAAGGCCUUGAAGUACCUGGUCAAAGGUACCGUAGCUUGAUCAGUGGGCAAAAUCUCACUGAUGUUGUUAUCACAGGCAAUAAUGGAACUAUCGACGGGCAGGGUUCAGUAUGGUGGGAAAAAAUCAAUUCUCAUUCUUUAAAUUACAGUCGACCACAUCUUGUUGAACUUAUUGGUUCAGACAGCAUUGUUGUGUCGAACUUAACCUUCUUAAAUGCUCCCUUUUGGAAUAUACACCCAGUUUAUUGCAGCGACGUGCUAGUUCAAAACAUAACCAUCUAUUCUCCUCCCGAUUCUCCAUACACGAGUGGGAUAGUUCCAGAUUCUUCUGAGCAUGUUUGCAUCGAGAACUGCAACAUUAGCGUUGGACACGAUGCUGUGGUGCUGAAAAGUGGUUGGGACGAGUAUGGAAUGGCAUAUGGCAAACCUACCAUGAACGUCCAUGUUCGAAAUGUCCGCCUCCAAUCCUUUGCAGGUUCAGGCAUUGCCUUUGGCAGUGAAAUGUCGGGUGGGAUUUCUAGCAUACUGGUCGAGCAUAUCCACGUGCUCGACUCCCAGAUAGGCGUGGAGCUGAAGACUGCAGUCGGGAGAGGCGGUUACAUGAACGACAUCUCCAUAUCAGAUGCUCUCAUGUCAAACGUGCAACAAGGGAUCAAAGCAACAGGUCAGUGCAAUUCUCAUCCAGACAAUAAAUUUGAUCCUCAGGCGUUGCCUGUUGUUAGUGAUAUUAGAUUCAAGAACAUUCUCGGAUCGAACAUUACGUCGGCCGGGAAAUUUUUGGGGAUCGACAGAUCGCCCUUUACUUCGAUAUGUCUGUCGAACGUUUCGUUCUACCUAAACUCCGACCCGACCACGUCGUGGAAGUGCCUCAACGUAUUAGGCUCGUCUUUUGAUGUGUCGCCUACACCUUGUCCGGAGCUUCUUAGCUCGUCCUCUAGUUCGUUUCUUGAUUGUUUCGCCUUCCCACAUCCUAGUAGUAGAGUUGCAUAUCUAUGAUUUUGUGUGCUUUUAUUGGGUUUUGAUUUAUCCGAUCACUGAUGGAAGCCACGAGCCAAGGCCGGGGGGCGUCUUACUAAAGUUGUGUCGUGUUCGUGUUUGUGUAUAGGCAUCUGUUUGCUUCAUUCAUGUUGUAAGAAAAGUUUUGGUAGUGCAUGAGUAUUUUUUUUGUUGCUUCUUGUUAGGCGCAUUUCACACAUUUGUAAAUUCUUGGGAUUUGAUUGAAUAUACAAAUGUUGUUCAAA